AUGUCUCGCGAAACGGAAUACUCUCAGGCCAAUGAGAAUGAAGAGUCUGAACGGGCGCCUCUUUUGGCUGAGCCUGCUGGAAAUGAUAUGCCUACUGAGACAAACGAGUCACCUUCUGGUACCUCAUGGGGGAAGUUCCAAGAUUUCUAUUCCAAGAACAUUGGACUGUUCUACGUUCUUCUCGCUCAGUUAUUCGCUUCUAUUAUGUCCAUGACAACACGUCUAUUGGAAACUGGGUUCGAGACAAAGUUCCACGCUCUGCAGAUCAUCUUCGUUCGCAUGCUGGCCACCGCUCUUAUCUGCUCUUCCUACAUGUGGCAUGGGAACGUCCCCGACUUCCCUUUUGGCCCACGUGAAGUUCGGGGGUUGUUGAUCUUGAGGGGCAUGGCUGGCUCUGCUGGUCUUUUUGGCCUAUACUACUCAUUAUCGUAUCUUGAUGUUUGCGAUGCAACAAUCAUUACGUUUCUUGUUCCCACUCUUACUGCUUUCAUUGCCUGGGUUGCCCUCCGCGAACCUUUCACAGUCAAAGAGGCAACAGCGGGCUUCAUCGCCUUCGCUGGUGUACUCUGUGUUGCCCGCCCAGCAUUUCUGUUCUCCCAUAACGAACCAGCAUCACCAGUAUCCGAAUCUCCAGCCCACUCCAAUGGAGGUAUUCUCCCACCAGUAAAGGCGACACCCCAGGAACGUACCAUCGCUAUCUUCUGUUCCAUCUUUGGUUCCAUUGCAGCAGCGACGGCAUACUCGACUAUCCGUGUAAUUGGCAAGCGAGCUCAUUCUCUCGUGAGUGUCAACUAUUUUGCCACAUUGGCUACUAUCAGUUCUUUCGUUAUUAUCACGAUCCACCCCAAGCUUCACUUUGAGAUCCCUAGUAGUGGUGCCGAAUGGAUCCUGCUUCUUUCAAUUGGAGUUUCAGGCUUUAUGUUCCAACUCCUUUUAACAGAGGGUCUACAAAGAGAAAAGGCGGGUAGAGCGACCAACCUUAUCUACGUUCAGAUGGUCUUCGCCGUUAUCAUCGAGCGCGUCGUCUGGGGAACUACACCACCACUGGCGAGCUUCGUUGGCAGUGCUCUGAUUAUUGGAUCUGCUGUUUGGGUCACUUUGCAGAAGAAGACGCCCACAGAGCCCAAGCCGCUUGUUGAUGAGGAGAGAGCUUCUCGCAUUGACUAG